AUGCAGUUAAAUUUGAACAAAUGCUUCAUUUUCCUCGUAUUAAUCAUUCUGGGAUCUACAGAGGCCAUACGUUCAGCAAAGCUGUUGGCAAUGAAAAACAGAGUGAUGUUACGCAGGAAGGCAGUCACAAGGGACGAUCUGAAACAGAAGGUCUGCUACGAUCUGGUCGGCUGCUUCGUUGAUCCUCCGCCACAUUUGACCUUGAAACGACCUCCCCAGCAUCCCAAUGUGAUUCAAACCAGAUUUCUUUUGUAUACACGUGCGAAACGUGACUCACCCGACGGUUUACAAUACGGAGAUGACUUUCGUUCUAUUUCAAAAUCGAAAUUCGAUGCGAAAAAGCCGCUGAAGGUAAUCAUACACGGUUACAAAGGGAGUGGAAGCGACGUUGGAUCGAUUCUUCUUGUACAAGCCCUUCUGGAUAUGGAUGACGUGAACGUCCUGGUGCUGGAUUGGACAAGAGGCGCAGCGACGACGUAUUCUGCUGCCGUGGCGAACACCGAGUUAGUUGGUCGGCAAUUAGGCCUGGUGCUCCUGGAUACCGUAAAUUUAGGCACUCCACCUGAAAAUAUACACGUAAUUGGCUUCAGUCUCGGCGCUCAUAUCGCCGGCUGCGCGUCAGAGAUCCUGAAGAAAAAUACUCUUCUUCUGGGUCGUAUAACUGGUCUCGAUCCCGCGUCGCCGUUCUUCAGGAAUCAUUUGCUCAGGGAAAAAUCAAGGAAAUUGGAUGCCACUGACGCUCAACUGGUGGACGUGAUUCAUACGGAUGGAUCUGAGGACUUUGCUGACGGGUUUGGACUCCUAAAACCUCUUGGACACAUUGAUUUCUUUCCCAACGGCGGCAGGGAACAACCUGGCUGUAACGACGUAAAGAACUCUGUUGUUGUUAGUCACCUGAACGAGGAUAGCUUGACAAAGGAACUCGCGUGUAGCCACUUGAGAGCAUGGAGAGUAUUCCUGGAAAGCGUAAGAACGGCCAAUGAGUCCUGCAAGUUCACCGCAUGGCCGUGUCCGAAAGGAAGAAAUUCCUAUAUGAAUGGAAUGUGUUUUCCUAUGGAGUCCACGUUCUGGAACCAGGAGAUGGGUUACAAGGCUAAUCAGGGCGCUUUGGGGAUUUACUAUUUGCCAACCAGAGAAGACAGUCCCCUUUGUGGUGAACCGUACAGAGCAUCGGUCGCGAUAUCAGAGGAUGCUACACGGACAUCUGGAAUGUUGUUCUUAAAAAUAGGUGGUGGCAAUUCGACAACAAUUUUCAAGAUUAGAUGCCCAUUAUCGGGCCGAAACAAUAGGAUGACAUUUUACAAUAUCGCGGCGUUGGGAUAUCAAUCAUUUGCGGAUAAUCCGGAGACGAUAGAAGCACGAGUCUGGUACCAGAGUGUUAUGGAUAAAACGCAAAACGAUUCACGUAAACACGCUUAUUCGGACAUGCUCUUUGUAAACAAGCUUGCCCUUGAAGAUCGAAAAGGAAAUAGAUGGCAGUAUUGCAAACCGAACACCGCGGUGGAUGAACGAGAAAACCUAAUGAUACUGCAACGCGAAAAAUGCGAUGUUUCCUGA